CCAUUAUUAUCGACUUUUCCACAGUCACACUGUACUCUUCACCGGCGCAUUUUUUUUUAACAAAACUAGUAAAUAGAAAUAUUUCUGCUACCAUGGCCACUGAGUGUCGGAUCUGCGGCGAGCGGAUCUUCACGCCGCACCCAAAGAACAUUUUCGAAAAGCGCAACCACCGCAUUCGAACGGCUAUCGAGCAAAUCACGGGAUUGGAGAUUGUUUUGGAGAAGCUGCUGCCUCAGCAUUGCUCCUGCUGUCUGCUGGACCUCAGCCAGGCCAUAGCCUUCCGGCAGCGAUGCCUAAGACGCACGAGGUGCUGCACCAGGGGAGCACCACCCACUCUCCCCCUCCUCAUCCUCCUACUCAAGAGUUCCAAAGGGAAACGUGGAGGAACAGCGAUUAAAUGGCGAUCCACUGUUCAAACAGAAGUUCAGGAGGAUACAAGCGACGCGGACGACGAUAAGGAGUUUCUGGAUGAAGAUAAGGAGUUCUUGGUGGACUUGAAACCAGUUAUUAAGUUGCCACCGGCCAAGAGAUUAAGGCAGGAGGAACAUAAGUUGCCCAACAGUCAAUCUCCACGUGUCAUGGUCAAACGUCUCCGGGUGUCGGAGAUCAAGAAACACGACAGUCCACCGCCACCCAAGCGGGACCCAGGUCGCAGGGUCAGAAAGCGGCGACCAAAGCCCAAGGUCGAUCGUUCGAUCAAGCGCUAUGUGUGCGACCAGUGCGGCUGGUCUUUCAACGAUCACAGCAACAUGAAGGACCACAAGCUGCGGCACUUCGCUGAGAAGUUUUCGUGCGACGACUGUGGUCGCAAGUUUUACACCAUGCCACUGCUCCGGCUGCACAUUCGAGUUCAUCACAAGGGCGAGACCUACGUCUGCAAGUUCUGCGGCAUGGGAUUCGCCAACAGUCCCACCCGCUGUCGACAUGAGCGGCAAGUUCACGCAGACCAGCUGGUCCAUGCCUGCAAGAUCUGCGGUAAACGUUUCAACAGCGAAAAAGGUUGUGCCAAGCAUGAGGAGGGGCACAAAAGCGACCAGCCGGAUGUUUACUUCUGCGUCACCUGCAACAAGGAGUUCAAGGAGAAUUCGUUUCUGCAGCGACACUAUACCACGAAGUACCAUCGCAAGCGGGAGAACAUGCUGGUAGAAGGUCCCAAGGAGGAUUUCCACUCAGACGGCGACCCCGAGGAGAUGCCUGGAUAUAUGGAAGAGGGUCAGGUAGAAAUGGAGGAAAGUCAGGCGGAAAUCGACGCUUUGGAGGAUAUUGUCGAAGAUCAGUACGAGAACCAUGAAGAACUUGUUGACGAGCAGCCUUUCGAGGAUUUUGACUAUGAUGAAACCAUCAUGGAGGAGGAGCUGUACACUUAAAAUGAAAUGCAAUUGGCGCCAAGCAUUCACAAAUGCGAGGGAUGUAAUUAUUUCUUCGUAUCGAGCACCAUUUCCAAUUCGAUCGAGAGCUACAAUACUUGUUAUAAAAAUAAUUUUACUUACCAAUUAUGAUUUCUUAAUAAAUCUAGACAUAAAAA